CACUUCCGGGAUGGAGUCUAUCAAGCUCAGCACGAGCCACUGCUACCCAAUCCGAGACGACUGAGCCGCAUGCUCAGCGAGGGCACUUCCGGGUUGCCAUCAACGAACAACCACACUGUGCUGUCUUUGUUUUUUGGUUAUCAUGUUGUAUUUGAGAUCAUUAACUCACGUGCUACCGGGUGCCCACCUGAAUUCAUGAACAUCCCAGUGCCUCGAGGUGACCCUGUUUUUGACCCAACUGGUACUGGUGAAGUUCUGCUGCCCUUCCAAAGAGGACCAUGGGACAAAGACACCGGCCAGAGUCCAAGCAACCCUCGAACACAGGUCAAUAUGGUGACUGCGUGGAUUGAUGGCAGCUCCAUUUAUGGCCCAUCCACUUCCUGGUCGGAUUCUCUGAGAAGUUUCUCUGGGGGUCUCCUGGCCUCCACCUUGGAGUGGAACAUGCCGAAAGAGGCGGCAGGACACAGUCUCAUGUGGAGCGCUGCUGACCCCGCAACAGGUGAUCACGGACCUCAGGGCCUCUAUGAGUUGGGAAAUGCUUGGGCCAAUGAGAACAUUUUCACAGCAGCAGAAGGGAUUAUCUGGUUUCGUUACCACAAUUACGUAGCCUCCAAACUACAAGAGGAACACCCACAUUGGUCAGACGAGGAGUUGUUUCAAAAUGCCAGAAAGACAGUCGUGGCCACAUUCCAGAAUAUUGCUCUAUACGAAUGGCUGCCUGUAUACCUGGGAGACAGAACUCUUCCUCCAUACCCAGGCUAUCAGAAAUUUGUUGAUCCUGCAAUCUCCCCUGAGUUUCAGGCUGCUGCUAUGAGAUUAGGCAUCACUGUGGCUCCACCUGGUGUUUAUAUGAGAAACAGAACCUGCCAUUUUCGGAGCAUCAUCAACAUUGAUGGGAGUUCAUCGCCAGCCUUGCGUCUGUGUAACAGCUUUUGGAAACGUCAGGAGGUCAAUGUGAAGACAAGCCAGGAUGUGGAUGACCUCAUCAUGGGCAUGACCUCUCAGAUUGCAGAGAAAGUUGACCACAUUGUUGUGGAGGACCUAAGAGACUUCAUGUACGGACCUCUAAGAUUUACUCGCACAGAUCUGGUAGCACUGACGGUUCAAAGAGGAAGAGACUUUGGUCUUGGCAGCUACAAUGAAGUCAGACAAGCGCUGGAUCUGCCACCUAUAAAGACAUUUGAAGACAUAAAUCUUGAGCUCAACAAGUCAAACCCGCAGUUGCUGCGUAAAGUUGCACGACUGUAUGAUGGCGAUGUCUCCAAGCUGGAGCUCUUCCCUGGAGGACUGCUGGAGUCGUAUGGGGGUCCAGGCCCAGUUUUCUCUGCCAUCAUCUUGGACCAGUUUGAACGCAUUAGAAAUGGUGACCGCUUUUGGUUUGAGAACAAACAGAAUGGUUUGUUCCAAGAUGAAGACAUCCAAAGGAUCCGCAAUGUGACUUUUCACGACGUUCUUGUUGCAGUCACGAGCGCAGAGGCUUCUGACAUACAAAACAGUGUAUUCUUCUGGAAGAGUGGUGAUCCUUGUCCUCAGCCUGCUCAGCUGAACGCAUCAAUGCUCCAUCCCUGCACUAAUGCAACCAAACUUAAUUACUUUGAUGGAAGCAAAGCUGGCUUUGGGAUAUUUAUUGUCAUUCUAUUCCUCUUUCCAGUUGUUAGCUAUUCAGCGGCCUGCGUGGUGGCGUAUCUUCGAAAGUGGCGCUACAGGAAGUUCCAGAAAAGAGGGGAAACUGUUGUUAGAACAGAGAUGGCUUUUGGAUUUCCUGCCUAUGAGUGGCGGGGCCAUAGCAAACCCCUGCAUCCCAUCAGUGUGGAGGUCACAGAGACGAGGAGCCUGCACAUCCAGGACAGAGCUGGAGCCUCUCUUCGUUUCCUGAAUCUGGAUAAGCAGCGCUGCCUUGAUGUGCUCCUCUCAAAUGAUCGCCAUAAUAAAGCUCUGCUGCUUAAAGUACCGAAAGAGUAUGACCUGGUGUUGUUCUUUGAUAACGAGGGAAAACGUGCAGCAUUCCUCAAGUGUCUCCACCCAGAGGUGACUGACAUCAGGCAAGAGAUUACACUGAAGGAGAUGAGAGAGAAGGAGCUCCUGAAGGAGGCCCUAACAGGAGAACAAAGGGCUCAGAUUGUGGAAACAUUCAUCCGACAUACUUUCUCCAAGGUUUUAGAAAUAGAGAAGUGCGAUGCCGGGGACACGAGCGGUGUUUGCCGCAAGAAAGCCAAAGAGAUUCUGCAGUGCGAGUUGACCGCUGCAGAAUUUGCUAAUGUGCUGGGCCUCAAGUCAGGCUCCUUAUUUGUGGACUCCAUGUUCACACUGGCUGAUAAAGAUGGCAACGGCUACCUGUCCUUCCAGGAGUUUCUUGACAUCAUGGUCAUUUUUAUGAAAGGGUCCCCUGAGGAGAAGUCAAAACUGAUGUUCUCCAUGAAUGAUAUCAGCGGUCGUGGUUAUUUAUCAAAAGAAGAAUUUGCCAGGAUGCUGAGGUCUUUUAUUGAAAUCUCAAACGGUGCACUGUCAAAGCGGCAGACGGAGAACGGCAUCAGUGCCAUGAUGCAGGCUGCGGGGUUUGAUAAAAAAGAGAAAAUCACAUGGGAAGACUUCCAUUUCCUCCUGCGGGAUCAUGAGAGGGAGCUACAGUUUGCCCAGCUUAGUGAUAAAGGGGUGGAGCAACAAAGAAAGACAUUUCUUAGUCGAGACCAGAGAGUUUCCUUUAUCUGCCCAGCGAGUAGCAGCGACAAGGCCGAUGGGCUGGAAACACGCAGGCGGAAAAAGUUUGACCUCACCACUCCAAACGUAUACGUGAAGCCCAAGCGCCAGCGGUACAUAAGAAGUCCCGUCAAGCAGAAAAUCCAACAGAUCAAACGAUUCAUUGAGAACUAUCGUCGCCAUAUUGUCUGUUUCAUUGUGGUCUAUGGCAUCACAGCUGGUGUGGCUCUCGAGAGAUGCUACUACUACAGCUUGCAGGCCACAUCUACGGGCAUCCCUGAGACUUCAGCAGUGGGCAUUGUGGUGUCUCGAGGCUCAGCCGCCGCCAUCUCCUUUCUCUUUCCCUACAUUCUCCUCACAGUGUGUCGCAACCUCAUCACGUUGUGCAGAGAGACUUUCCUGAACAGAUACAUCCCGUUCGACUCUGCCAUUGACUUCCAUCGCCUUAUGGCCGUGACUGCCGUCAUCCUCUCAGUUGUUCACAGCUUGGGUCAUGUGGUCAACAUCUACAUCUUUUCCAUCAGUGACCUCAACAUCCUGUCUUGUCUGUUCCCAAAGGUUUUUGCCAACAAUGGGUCUGAACUUCCUCUCAAGUGGUCAUGGUGGUUCUUCCAAACGGUUCCAGGGCUUACUGGUGUCCUCCUUCUCUUCACUUUGUCGUUCAUGUACGUUUUUGCCUCCCGUUAUUUCCGCCGCAUCAGUUUUCGAGGGUUCUGGGUCACGCACUACCUUUAUUUUGUUGUGUAUGUAUUGAUGGUUAUUCAUGGCAGUUUCGGCCUGCUUCAAGAACCCCGUUUCUACAUCUUCCUCAUCCCACCUGCAUUGCUCUUCUUGCUGGACAAACUCAUCAGUCUGAGUAGGAAGAAGGUGGAGAUUCCUGUAAUUAGUGCAGAGCUGCUGCCUUCAGGUGUAACUCAUCUGGAGUUUAAGCGACCACAAGGCUUUGUGUAUCGUUCCGGACAGUGGGUCCGCAUUGCAUGCCUGAUGCUGGGCACAGAUGAGUACCACCCUUUCACGCUGACAUCAGCCCCUCAUGAGGAGACCCUCAGCCUGCACAUUAGAGCAGUGGGGCCCUGGACAGGCCAGUUGCGAGAGCUCUACAGUGAAGAAAGUCUGCUUGAACUCGGAGCCCAUCCAAAGCUGUACCUGGAUGGCCCAUUCGGAGAGGGACACCAGGAAUGGACUGACUUUGAGGUGUGUGUCUUGGUGGGAGGAGGAAUCGGUGUCACGCCAUUUGCCUCCAUCCUCAAAGACCUGGUGUUCAAGUCCUCCAUCAAGUCCAAGAUUCAGUGUAAAAAGGUGUACUUCAUCUGGGUGACACGCACGCAGCAUCAGUUUGAGUGGGUGUCAGACAUCAUCAGGGAGGUGGAGGACAUGGACUCAUUGGAGCUGGUGUCAGUUCACACUUACAUCACUCAGGUGGCCGAGAAGUUCGACCUCCGCACCAUCAUGCUGUACGUGUGUGAGCGCCACUUCCAGAAGGUGUGGAGCCGCAGUCUUUUCACCGGCCUGAGGUCCGUCACCCACUUUGGCCGUCCGCCCUUCGUCUCCUUUUUCAGUUCGCUGCAGGAGGUUCACCCAGAGGUGUCUAAGAUUGGUGUCUUCAGCUGUGGACCACCAGGACUCACCAAGAACGUUGAGAAAGCCUGUCAGCACAUGAACAAGAGGGACCAGGCACUGUUCUUGCAUCACUAUGAGAACUUUUAAAUGGCUGGUCAUGUUAUUGAUGCUUGAAGGACAUUUUUACCAAGAACAAACGUGCCAAUUUAUUUAUGAAAUGACAUAAUUUUUUGCGCAUCAACAUCAAGUCACACCUCUCACGGCAGUUGGGGGCACAACAGUGUGCCCACACAGAGGCUGACGCUCUGUUAUAACUUUAAUCUGACCCGAACACAUCAACACAUUGCUUGUUAUUGGAACAACGCUUCCUCAUUGUCACUAGACGGUCGCGAGGUGUGGACAUGUACACUCUGAAAAUCACGAGAAAAUCUUUAUUAUGUGUGUAUGCGUGGUCUAAAUAAACAGAAAGACAUAUAAAAACAGCAAGUGGAUAUUCUUAUUACUCGCUGGAAGUAGAAUUAGCUGCAUUUACGUAUGCUCGUAAAGCCCACAAAAUACAUCUCCACUCAAAACAUGUGAAUUCAACUUAAAUGACGUGGCGUCUUUGAACGUAACCCCUCAUGGUUUAUAAUACGGUGAAAGUGUCAUUCAA